CUGUCGGCCCGCCUCCCUCCGCCCUUCCAGUAACGGCGCUCACCAUUGGGCAGAUGUACCACCGCUUGGCCAAUGGGAGGUUCUGCUGUUACAGCCCCCGCCUCCGACCUCUGUCAUGGCGGCGUCUAGCGCUCUGACACCGGUGAGGAAACGCGAUGCUGGGGUUUUUGUCCGCGCGACAGGUGGGUUUAGAGGACCCUGUUCGCCUCCGGAGAGCAGAGUCUACACGGAGGGUUUUGGGACUGGAGUUAAACAAAGACAGAGAUGUUGAAAGAAUCCAUGGCAGUGGAGUUAACACCCUUGACAUUGAACCUGUUGAAGGACGAUACAUGUUAUCAGGUGGAUCAGAUGGUGUGAUUGUGCUUUAUGACCUUGAGAACUCCAGCAGACAGCCUUUUUACACCUGUAAGGCGGUGUGUUCCAUUGGCAGAAACCAUCCUGAUGUUCACAAAUACAGUGUGGAGACGGUACAGUGGUAUCCUCACGAUACUGGCAUGUUCACAUCAAGUUCGUUUGACAAAACUCUGAAAGUAUGGGAUACAAAUACAUUACAAACUGCAGAUGUAUUUAAUUUUGAGGAAACAGUUUAUAGCCAUCACAUGUCUCCAGUCGCCACCAGGCAUUGCUUGGUAGCAGUUGGUACUAGAGGGCCGAAAGUACAACUUUGUGACUUAAAGUCGGGAUCCUGUUCUCACAUUCUACAGGGUCACAGACAGGAAAUACUGGCAGUUUCCUGGUCACCACGCUAUGAUUAUAUCUUAGCAACUGCAAGUGCUGACAGCAGAGUAAAGUUAUGGGAUGUGAGGAGAGCAUCGGGAUGUCUGAUUACUCUUGAUCAGCAUAAUGGGGAAAAGUCACAAGCUGUUGAAUCAGCAAACACUGCUCAUAAUGGGAAAGUUAAUGGCUUAUGUUUUACAAGUGAUGGACUUCACCUCCUCACUGUUGGUACAGAUAAUCGAAUGAGGCUCUGGAAUAGUUCCAACGGAGAAAACACACUAGUGAACUAUGGAAAAGUUUGUAAUGACAGUAGAAAAGGAUUGAAAUUCGCUGUCUCCUGCGGCUGCAGUUCAGAAUUUGUUUUUGUACCAUAUGGUAGCACCAUUGCUGUUUAUACAGUUUACUCAGGAGAACAGAUAACUAUGCUUAAGGGACAUUAUAAAAAUGUUGACUGCUGUGUAUUUCAAUCUAAUUUCCAGGAACUUUAUAGUGGUAGCAGAGACUGCAAUAUUCUUGCUUGGGUGCCAUCUUUAAGUGAACCAGUUCCAGAUGAUGAUGAGGCUGCAACCAAAACACAACUGAAUCCAGCGUUUGAAGAUGCUUGGAGCAGCAGUGAUGAGGAAGGAUAGUACUGCUGCGCCUCUGCUGAUGAAACUUUUUAAAGGGAACUAUUCAUGUGUUUUUUGUUUUUUUUUUAACUGUUUGAUCCAUUUCUGACAGCUAAAUUAGCCCUGAAUUGGGGUGAUUUUUUCCCCCGUGUUUUAAAAUAAGAUUAACAUUUGCCAGAAGUCCUAAAACAACUCUGCAGUGUAUUUAAUCGUAACCUACCUCUUCGAUCACAGCUGCUGUGGCCUGGGACAGCCCUUAUUGUUGCAGUGCAAGGGCACAAGUCCUUGUGCUUCAGAUGACAACUGGAGCAGAUUUUGUGAACCGUAAGAUGCAACCUCAGAGGACCUGCAGAUGGAGGUUAUCAGCACUGACUUUCUCCCUUUGGCUGAACCCCUUCAAGAAUGAUUUAAUCAAGUAUGAUUGCAUCAAGGGUGGUAAUUGUGAUUAUAGCAUCAAGAUUAUUCUUUCUUAUUCAUACACCCAGCAUUUUACAGUAAUUUCAUUUAACUGACCAUCGUCUAGCUUUAUGUCAAACGUUUUUGGAUUUGCUGUCUCCACAAUCUAAAAUGUUCAUCAUAGGAAGCAGUGGGAGGGGGAUCCCUCGUUUGCUUUAUUUUAAUGGCAUAGGCAGCUUGUACUCAUGCUUGAACUCCCUUUCCAUGAAACUGGUUAAGAUGUCCUGCUUCAUUCAUCCAAGCAGAACAUGCCCUGGGAGGGAAUCUGGGAAAAACAUGAAAUGUUGUGGUAAGAGUUCUAUGUUAUUUUGUCCUCUUCUUGUAUCUACCUAGAAAUGAUUAUCCUGAAGAUGAUCUUGCAUUCACUUUCUUCCUGAUACUUACCAGCAGGAGACUAGUAAAAAGUUUGUGUGAGCUUGAAUGCAAAGUGCACAAUUGUUUAGUUUUUAAACAUAAUUUUUAAGUUCAGUGUUAAACUUCAUAUCAGACGUUUCUGGCAAAAUGUUUCCUAUGCAUUACUUUUUAUGGUUGAUUUUCUAAGGCUUAGGUCAUUGUACUGUUAUUUAUUUCCUCCUAGUUGACAUUGCUGCUGACAUCAAAGAAAGCUGUUAAAAUUGGAAACAUUUUUUAAUUUUAAGAAAAAAGUCUUCUUUCAAACUGUAACUAACUAUAUUGUUUCUUUAUAGUUAUAUAAAUGUAUAGGUUCAUUGUAAAUAAUUCAACAGAAAAAUUAAAGCAUUGGUCUUCCAGAAUCAACACUCUAAGGUAACCACCAUUCUCCAUGCAUCUCUUUAUGAUAAAUAUAUUUUUACAUAAUGGGAUGUUUGGCAUGCUGUUGUUACCAUAGAAACCCCUAUCUUCCAAUAUCAGUAUCUCACAUCCUCAGAUUUCUCCUGCCACAAUCUGAUUUGUUAAUCUGUUAUAUAUUCUUUCAUAUUGCAGUCCUAUGAAGAUCUAUGUAAAGUUGUGAAAGUACUUCAAAAAGUUCAUGAAAAAUGGAAUGAAAAGAUAAGUUUAUUUUGAAGCAAAUUUUUUUGAAAUCCAUGUAUAAGUUUUUCAUAAUACAUAUUUCCCAUGAACUUUUUAAAGAACCCUCAUAUAUGAGGGGUUUUUUUCCAAUUAGUCCUACAAAAUUUGUUGGACUGAUGGACAAGAAGCUGUAGAUUUUCUUUUUUUUUUUUCUUUUUUUUAUUUUUUGACAGGCAGAGUGGACAGUGAGAGAGAGAGAGAGAGACAGAGAGAAAGGUCUUCCUUUGCCGUUGGUUCACCCUCCAAUGGCCGCCACGGCCGGCGCGCUGGGGCCGGUGCACCGCGCUGAUCCAGUGGCAGGAGCCAGGAGCCAGGUGCUUUUCCUGGUCUCCCAUGGGGUGCAGGGCCCAAGCACCUGGGCCAUCCUCCACUGCACUCCCUGGCCACAGCAGAGAGCUGGCCUGGAAGAGGAGCAACUGGGACAGAAUCCGGCACCCCGACCGGGACUAGAACCCAGUGUGCCGGCGCCGCAAGGCGGAGGAUUAGCCUAGUGAGCCGCAGCACCGGCCAGCUGUAGAUUUUAAUACAUGAAAGUACCUGAAUGGAUAGUGAAGAGGAUGCCACCAGUUUACAUGUUUAAGUUAUAGUGGACAGGAAGCGAUACAAACAGGGUUAGUGCUACACAAGACCAUGUUUCUCACUAAAGAAAUUCAGAGCUAAGCAAUCCAAAUCUUUAUCUUUUUGCUAGAGUUUUUUUUUUUUCAUCAAAAGAGGCUUAUCAUGCCAUAGAUCUAAUUUAAUCAUAUUUGCAGUGUCCUGAUAGAUUCCAUUAUCAAAAAUUCUUUAUUGGUAAUAGACAUUUGCCUCUGUGAUUAAGUGACUGAUAGUGUUGUGUCCGGUUUGAGACCCUCCCCAAAACAACUCACAAAAGGCAGGCUGAAUGCAACAGCAAGAGGAUUUUAUUAGCAGCUAGCUGGUGCUCUUACCAGCACCUAUGACAUAGUGCAGGGCUGAGGCAAAAAGCCCGUCCCUCCUCCUCCCAGCAUUUGUAUGCUCUCUAGUCAACAAGUACAUACAUCACUGCACACAUAGGCGAGUUCCUUAUUCCUUAUAAGGCAAUUGCCUAAAUUUAUGCAUUUUAUUGGUGCAUUUGAGCAACUUAGGGGCUAGGCGUCAUACAGGAAGGCAGAAGAAUCUAAAUUCCAGUAACAGUUCCACUCCCGUACCCUGAGGCCUGUGUUUUCUGGCUUAAAAUAAAGCCUGUCAUGGAGGAACAGCGGUUCUCGCGACAGGUCCUGAAAGUUCUUAAGACCAAGAUUUUAAUAUGUUGCCCCAUAUUUUAUAUCAUUUAAUCUUAACAUACUACAUAUUAUUAAGUCUUAAUUUCAAAUGUAUUUGAUCUAAACUAACUUACGGUUUGAAUUAAUUACUCAUAAAUGAACUCUACAUUAGGAGUCCAGAUUCCACUUCUGAUUUAGCCUCCUGCUAAUACACACCCUGGGAGACAUCAAGUAAUGGCUCAAGUACUUGGGUUCCUGCCAAACAUGAGGGAGACCCAGAUGGAGUUGCAGUUUCCUGGCUUUGGCGUGGCCCAUCCCUGGCUGUUGCAGGAAUUUGGAGAGUGACCCAGCAGACGGAAGAGCUCACUGUGCUUCUCUGUCCCUGUCUCUCUUCUCUUUCCUCUCUCCUCCCCUCCUAUUCCCUGCCCUCUUCCCUGUCCUCACUUCUCCUCCUCCGCUUUCUGCUCUUUCUCUCUGUAACUCUCCCUUUCAAAUAAACAAAUAAAAAUUUUUGAAAAAAAAAUUCUUAUGAGAUUUCCAGUUUAUUCUCUUCUGUCAAAUUGAACACUUUAUCCUUACUUUCAUCUUCAGCAAGUAGAUCUUGGUUAAUGAAUUGGUUCUUGGUGGUGGCACUGUGGUGCAGCAUGUAAAGCCACUGCCUGCAACACUGACAUCCCAUAUGGGUGCCGGUUCAAGACCCAGAUGCUCCACUUCUGAUCCAACUCCCUGCUAAUGUGCCUGGGAAAGCAGUGGAGGAUGGCCCAAGUGCUUGGGCCCCUACACCUGGAAGAAGCUCCUGUUGCCUGGCCUACCAUAGCCAUUUGGGGUAUGAACCAAAAGGUGGAAGAUCUCUGUCUUUGCCUACAUAUAACUGCCUUUCAAGAAAUUAAAAGGAAAAAAGAAAGAAAAGAACUGGUCCUUGACAAGCAGCAAAAUAUCUGUACCUGUGUCUGCCUCUGUGCCUAUGGCACCUUCUCCAAGACCUUGAAAGCAGAAUGCUGAUACCCUCUCCCCUGCUUUACAUGUCUCAUUUGUCCAUUCAGAGAGUCUCAAAUCUCCCCCGACAUCGAUUUUCUUUAAGCUAUAUUUAUUUAUUUGAGAGGCAGAGUUACAGAGAGGGAGAGAGAGAGAGAGAUCUUCAUCUACUGGUUCACUCCCCAAAUGGCUACAAGAGCUAGAGCUGAGCCGAUCAGAAGCCAGGAGCUUCCUUCAGGUGCAGAGGCCCAAAUACUUGGGCCAUGUUCCACUGCUUUCCAGACCAUCAGCAGAGAGCUGGAUCAGAAGAUGAGCAGCCGGGAUAAGAAUUGGCGCCCAUAUCAGAUGCCAGUGCCGCAGGCAGAGGCUUGGCCUGCUACACCACUGCACUAGCCCCCUGGCAUCCAUUUUCACCCACAUCUGAUCUCUUCAGAAAGUGUUUCCUCCCUUAGCUGUCACAGAAAAGGAUCAAAUUUAUGGUAGUGGUUGGCGAUUGAAAUCACUUAACACGUCAUCUCUCCUAGAACAAUGCAAGGAAACUUGUGUAAACAAGUUCAUGAAAAGGGAAUUGAAAAUUUUUUAUUUUGGUACAAAAAUGUUUGAAAUCCAUGCAGUUUUUCAUAAUAUACAUUUCUCAUUAGCUUUUUUUUUUUUUUUUAAGAUGUGUGUAUUUCUUUGAAAGAGUUACAUGGAGAGAGAAGGAGAGACAGAGAGAGAGGUCUUCCAUCCACUGGUUCAUUCCCCAGUUGGCCACAAUAGCCAGAGCUGUGCUGACCCAAAGCCAGGAGCCAGGAGCUUCUUCCAGGUCUCCGAGACAAGUGCAGGGUCCCCAGGACUUAGAUCAUCUUCUACUGCUUUCCCAGGCCAUAGCAGAAAGCUGGAUCAGAAGUGGAGCAGCCAGGACUCGAACCUGCAGACAAAUGGGAUGCCAACACUGCAGGCGGAUGCUUUACCCGCUACACCACAGCACCGGCCCGUCAUUAGCUUUUGAAAUUCCCUUGUACAUUACUGUUUUAAAGCAAACUAGUCCAAUUUGAAUACACAAAACAUUUUCAUCUUUUCUCAUGACAGUUAUUUGGGUAAGUUACAUUCAGAGAUGUAUUUUGAGGUCAGCAUUAUAUCCUGUUUUUUGUGGUGUAUAGCUCUACUUAGAUUUUUAUAAGUUUCAGGUAAAUUUUUAUGAUUUUACAACAUUUCUGGGAAUAAUGGGGUAAUUUGAACCAUCUAUUACUCCCAUUGAGAAUGAGAAAGGGGCUGGCACUGUGGCACAAAGGUUAAUCCUCCACCUGCAAUGCCUGCAUCUCAUAUGGGCACCGGUUCAUGUCCUGGCUGCUCCACUUCUGAUCCAGCUCUCUACUGUGGCCUGGGAAACAGCAGAAGAUGGUCCCAAGUCCUUGAACCCUGCAUCUGCAUGGGAGACCCAGAAGAAUCUCCUGGCUCCUGACUUCACAUUGACACACCUUGCUGCCAUUUGGGGAGUGAAACAGCAGAUGGAAGACCUCUUGAGUAAAUAAAUAAAAUCUGGAAAAAAAAAAAAAGAGAACGAGAAAAUUAAUUGAAUCAAAUUUAAGAAAAGAUAAAGACAUUGGAGAGCUACCAAGGAGAACAGGAGUUAAGAGUAACAGAACAUUUGAAAGGAGGAACUGUGAGGUGAAAUGAGCCAACAUUUUAUGAGAAAAUCAAGUAGACAAUUGAUAAAACAGGAACAAAUGAAUAAACAUUGCAUAUUCAAUCUCUUGAGACUAGAAGGAAAAAUGUGGGCAUAAGAGUUUGUGAAUUAGAAAAGUUGGGGCCAGUGUUGGUGGCACAGCAGGUUAAUCUGCCACCUGUGAUGCCAGCUGCCCAUUUGAACACAGGUUCUAGUCCUGGAUACUCUACUUCUGACCCAGCUCCCUGCUGAUGUGCCUGAUAAAGUAGCAAAGGACGGCCUAAGUGUUUGUAGCCUGUCAUCCAGAUGGGAGAUCCAGAGGGAGUUCCAGACUCUUGGCUUCAGCCUGACCCAGUCCUGGCCAUUGCAGCCAUUUGAGGAGUGAACCAGCAGAUCUCUCUUGUCUCUUCCUCCCUCUGUAAUUCUGCCUUUCAAAUAAACCAACAAACAAAGCAUUCCAGUUGUGGAGGUUUAUUUAAAUACAGUUACUUUAGAAGCUUAGCUGCACAUGGAUAAGAUGCUAAUGCAAACACUUCAGAAAGCCAGAGAUUAUUUUUACUGUUGUACAGGUAAUAAGAUUAACAGUUCUUGGCAGCAUGUUAAAUAUAUUGUUUGACUAAUUUCUUUAUAUACUUAAUGAGAAUUUGCCAGUCAUUUGAAUCACUGCUUCUCUACAUGUAAUGUAUCAUUAUUUUCUCUGGGUAUUUUCAAAUGUGUUCUUUACUUUUUUUUUUUUUCUUUAUAGACAGAGAGAGAGAGAGAGAGAGAGAGAGAGAGAGAAAGGUCUUCCUUCCAUUGGUUCACUCCCCAAAUGGUCGCUACAGCUGGCGCUGCUCUGAUCUGAAGCCAGGAGCCAGGUGCUGCUUCCUGAUCUCCCAUGAGUUGCAGGGACCCAAGCACUUGGGCCAUCCUCCACUGCCCUCCCGGGCCACAGCAGAGAGCUGGAGUGGAAGAGGAACAACCGGGACUAGAACCCAGUGCCCAUAUGGGAUGCUGUCCGCCACAGGCGGAGGAUUAACCAAGUGAGCCGUGGCGCCAGCCCCUGCUUUUGGUUUUGAAUAGCUGGAUAUAAUAUAUCUAGGUAAUAGUUAGUUUGAGUUUAUACGGUUUGGAAUUUACUAAGUUCCUAAAUUCCAAUCACCAAAUUUGGUAUGAUUUAGUUUAUAUUCUUCAAGUAUAAUUUUGUUUUAUUCCGUCUUUUCUCUUUCCAUGACUUGCUUAUAUGUAAUUUUUUCGGAAUUAUAAGUUUAUUUUGAUGCAAAAACUUUUUGAAAUCCAUGCUUAGUUUUUGUGUAACAUGCAUUAUUCAUGAACUUUAAAAUCUGUUUAUAACUCAUAUUUAUAGGCUACAGUGUGACAUUUCAAUACAUGUAUACAGUGUAUACUGAUCAAAUCAAGGAGAUCAACAUUGUGCACUGUUAUGUUAAGAGAAUGUGAACAUCACAGAUCAGGAUAACUUCCAUGGUGGCAGUAAGGAGAUAAUUUUUUACAAGGUCCUGACACUGGAAGGCCUCCUAUAAAUUUACUUCUUUGAGGAAUCUCUGGUUCUUUGUUCUGCUAAUUUAUUUAACUUAGUUUAGUGAUUCCACAGCUUAUGAGAUAUGAUUGGUAAAAGCCAAAAUUUACCACCAGGGAAAUAAUGGGGAGAACGUAUUAAAAAUUAGCUUUGCCUUCUGAGAUGUCGAACUGGGGAAGAAUUUUUACACAAAAUGCUUUUGACUACUAUAAUUUUUACUUUUAACUGACACCUUAAAAUUAUACAUAUUAACGGAUACCAUGUGACAUUUCAGUACAUGUGUAUAUUAUAUAGUAUCAAAUCAGAGAAAUAUACGGUACAUUGUCAUUAUAGAUAGUCUCCCUACUUUGCAAUAGAACACUGAACUUAUAAUCUAACCAUAACCUAGUACUGAUUAAUCAGCCUUUCCCCAUCUCUAACCUACCCCGUCCACUCUCCACAGCCUCUAGUAACCAUCAUUGUAGUUUCAACCGCUGUCAGAUCCACUUUUUUUUAGAUUCCACAUAUAAGUGAGAUCAUGCAGUACUUCUCUUUCUGACUUGGUUUAUUUUACUUAGCAAUGACCUUCAGUUACAUCCAUGUUGUUGCAAAUGACAAGAUUUCAUACUUUUUUAGGGAAGUGUAGUUUUCCAUUGUGUUUAUGCACCACAUUUUCUUUAUCCCUUCUUUAGUGGAUGGAUACUUCAGUUGUUUCCAUUUCUUGGCUGUUGUGAAUUGUGCUUCAAGAAAUAUGGGAGUGCAGAUGUCUCUUAAAGUGAUUUCAUUUCCCAUACCCAGGAUUGGGAUUGCUGGAUCAAAUGGUAGUACUAUUUUCCACAGUGUGUGUACUAAUUUUCAUUCGCACAAUGUUCAAACAUUCUCCCCACCCACAUUUUCACCAGCAUUUAUCUUUUGUUUUUUUUUUAUAAUAGCUAAACUAGAAUGUGGUUUUGAUUUUCAUCUUCCUAAUGACAAUGAUGUUGAGAAUUUUUACAUCUCUCUUUGAGAAAUUCUUCUUAAAGAUUUAUUUAUUUGCGAGACAGGGAGAGAGGUCUUCCAGCCGCCGGUUCACUUCCCAUGUGGCCACAGUGGCAGAGCUGGGCCAGUCUGAGGCCAGGAGCCAGGAAUUUUUUUUAGAUCUCCAACAUGGAUGCAGGGGCCCAAGCACUUGGGCCAUCUUCUGCUGCUUUUAUGCCAGUACCAUGCAUUGAUUACUGUAGCUAUGUUAGAUAUUUUAAAGUCAGGUAGUGUAAUGUGUCAUGUUUUGUUGUUUUUGCCCAAGAUUGCUUUGGCUAUUUGGGGUAUUGUGUGGUUCCACACAAAUCCUAGUGGGGUUUUUUUCUAGUUCUGUGAAAAAUAUUGGUAUUUUGAUAGGGAUUGUAUCGAAUCUGUAAAUUGUUUUGUACAGUAUGAAAUUUUAAUUAUAUGACUUCUUCCAAUCUAUGAACAUGGUUGUCUUUUCAUUUCCUUGUGUCCUCUUCAAUCUCUUUCCUCGAUGUUUAAAGGUUUUCAGUGUAGAGAGCUUUCACUUCUUUGGCUGAAUUUAUUCCUAGAAUGUUUUAGGUUUUUUGAAGCCAGUAGAAACUGAAUAGCUUUCUUUAGGACUCUUCAGAUAAUUUGCUAUUGGUGUAUAACACAACUACUAAUUUCUGUACAUUGACUUUGUAUCCUGCAUCUUUGCUUAAUUUGUGUAUUUUAAUAGUUUUUUCAUGGGGUUUUCAGAGUUUUAUUUAUAUAACAAUGUCAUCUGACAGAAUUAUUCUUAGGUGUUUAAAUCCAAUUGAAAACUGAUCCCUGUAAAAAAUAAGAGAGGGGGGAGAGGUGUAGUUUGGCACAUGUCCCCCACAGACUUACACCUAAAGGUACAGCUAAAAACUUGCCAUUGGAACCAAAUCCCUUUAAAUUGGCAGCUACUAAUGCCAUCUUACUAGUUAAAGUGAUCGUUUUAAGUGUGUAACUGAUCAUAAAGAUAGGAAUAAGUGUCAAAAGGAUCACUUAAGUAAGAUGAAGUGUCUGCUAAUAAGAAUAAAUAAAGUGGAGAGAAUGAUCCAACAUGGGAAGCAGGCCACACAGCAGACUCAUAGAAUGACAAAUGCCCUAAACAGCCCUCUGGCCUCAGAAUCAGCCCUUAAGGCAUUUGGAUCUGGCUAAAAAGCCCAUAAAAGCAUUUCAGGCGUGGAAAGCCAAGAAACUGUGGUAAAAAAUGGUGUCCAUGAAAGAUCUCUGUAAGUGAGAUCCCAGUGGAAAGAAGGACCAUCAAAGAAGGAGGUACCUGUCUCUGAAGGGAAGAGAGAACUUCCACUUUGAUUAUGGCCCUGUCUAAAUGUCAGAGUUUGUGGACUCAAGAGGCUUCCAUAGCCUUGGCAACUCAUGACUAGAGCCUCGGGUGAGUACUGACGUCAUAAACAAGAGUGUCAGUUGUUAAAUCAACAACAGGAAUCACUGUGCCCUUGCUCCCCAUGUAGGACUUCUGUCCUUAAUGUGUUGUACUAUGUGAAUUAAUGGUAAAAUUAGUAUUCAAACAGUACUAAUACUUUGAGUUUCUGUGUGGGUGCAAACUGUUGAAAUCUUUACUUAAUAUAUACUAAGUUGAUUUUCUGUAUAUAAAGAUAACUAAAAAUGAAUCUCGGGCUGGCACUGUGGCACAGUGGGUUAAAGCCCUGGCCUGAAGCACCGGCAUCCCAUAUGGGCGCCAGUUCGAGUCCCGGCUGUUCCUCUUCUGAUCCAGCUCUCUGCUAUGGCCUGAGAAAGCAGUAGAAGAUGGCCCAAGUCCUUGGGCCCCUGCACCCACGUGGGAGACCCAGAAGAAGCUCUUGGCUCCUGCUUUGGAUUGGCACAGCUCCGGCUGUUGUGGCCAUCUGGGGAGUGAACCAUUGGAUGGAAGAUCGCUCUCUUUCUCUAUUUCUACCUCUCUCUGCAACUCUGUCCUUCAAAUAAAAAUAAAUAAAUAAAUAAAUAAAUAAAUCUUUUUAAAAAAUGAACCUUAAUGAAGGAUAGGAUAGGAUAGGAGAGGGAGUGGGACGGGAGUGGGGAUAGGAAGAGUGUAUGGGGGAAGAAACACUAUAAUCCAAAAGCUGUACUUUGGAAAUUUAUAUUUAUUAAAUAAAAGCUUUCUUAAAAAAAUAAGAUAAUGUCAUCAUCACACAGUAGCAAGUUUGCUUCCUCUUUUAAAAUUUGAAUGUUUCUUAUUUCUCUUUCAUAAUUGCUGUGGGUAGGACUUCCAAGACUGUUGACCUUAGAGAGAUCAUCUGCUUUGCCUCAUUCAGUAUAACUGCUGGCUUAUUAUAUAUGGCCUUUAUUAUGUUGCAGUACACCCCUCCUACACCUAAUUUCUUUAAAGUUUUAGUCAUGAAAGAGUGUUACAUAUUUUAUCGAAUGCCUUUUCUGCAUCUAGGGAGGUAAUCAUGACUUUUCUUCAUUCUGCUGAUGUUGUGUCUGAUGCUUACUGAUUUGCAUAUGCUGAAACAUCUUUGUAUGAUUCCCACUUGAUUAUGGUAAAUAAGCUUUUGGAUUUGAUUUGCUGGCAUUUUGUUGGGUUUUUGGUUUGGGUUUUUUAAAUUUUUUGGUUUUUCAUCUCUGUUCAUCAGGGGUGUUCACCAAGGAUAUUGGCAUGUAGAAUUCACUGGUGGUGGUGUCCUUGUUUGGUUUUGGUGUCAAGGCAAUGCUGGAUUAGAAUGAGUUGGGAAGAAUUCCUUCUCUUCUGUUUGGGAUAAUGUAAGAUGUUAUGUUAGUUCUUUCAGUGUUAGGAUUCAGCAGUGAAGUCAUGUGGCCCUCAGCUUUUCUUUGGUGGGAAACUUUAUUCCUGGUUGCAUUUCACUAUUCAUUAUUAAUCUGAUUAGGCAUUAUAUUUCUCCAUGAUUCAAUCUUGGUGAGGUAUAUUUGUCCAUUUAGUCUAGGUUAUCAAAUUUUUACCAUGUAGUUGUUCAUAAUCAUGUCAAAAACUCCUUUAUAUUUCUGUGGUGUCAGUUGUAACAUCUCCCUCUUCAUCUCUGGUUUUAUUUAUUUGAGUCUCUGUCUAUUCCUUAGUGUAACUAAGGGCUUGUCAAUUUUAUGUUUUCAAAAGAACCAGAUUUAUUUUACAUUAAUUUUUCUACAGUUGUUUUAGUCUCUAUUUAUUUCUGCUAUAAUCUUUUAAUUAUUUCUUUCCCUGUACUAAUUUUGUGUGUGAUUUGUUCUUAUUUUUCUAGUUCCAGGAGGUGCAGUACUUCGUACUGUUUUUGCUGUAUUCUGUGGGGUUUGGUAUGUUUCAUUCAUUUCAAGAAAUGUUUUCAUUUCCUUCUUAAUUUCUUCCUUGAGCCAUUGAUUGUUCAGUAGUAAAUCAUGUAAGCUCCAUGUAUUUGUGUAGUUUGCAAAGUUUUCUUGUUACUGAUUUGAUUUUUGGUUUUGUUUUGUUGUGGUGAAAAAAGAUAUUCAAUAUAAUUUGUUUUAUAAAAUGUGUUGAGGGGCUGGUGCUGUGGCAUAGUGUGUAAAGCCUGCAUUGCCUUAAUCCUGUAUGGGCACCAAUUCAAGUCCCAGCUGCUCCACUUCUGAUCCUGCUCUGUGCUAUGGUUUGAGAAAGCAGUAGAAGAUGGCCCAAGUGCUUGGGUUCCUACAUCCGCGUGGGAGACCUGGAAGAAGCUCCUGGCCCCUGGCUUUGGAUCGACACAGAAGGAAGCUUGCUCGCUGCUCGCUCGCUCUCUCUCUCUGCCUCUCCUCCUUUCUCUGUGUAACUCUUAAAAAUAAAUAAAUUCUUAAAAAAAAUAAAA